GGAAGGCCAGUAGAUUGCUAGUUCCUUUCGCAGGAAGGGAGCUGCCACUGAGCCCUUGCGUAACCCAGGUUUUCUCACUGAAUACGCAGCUGUAAAACUAACACACCAGCGGCAUCUGCUAAGCAAACAUACUGAAAUGCAAGAUCUCAAUCCAGCAAACAAAGACUAACCCUGUUUCCGACUUUGACAAAAUGAUUGUGCUUCAGUUUGGCGGAAUUGUAUUUUUCAUUUAAUUACCAUCGAGGAAUUUGCACAUAAUCGCUAGGGCGUUCCCAUAAUGCGUUAAUAAGUUUACCUAGACUCAUUACACAGUAAACACCGAACCGGGGGAAUGCAUGGAUUUUGUCCUUAAUCCCUUUGCUGUGAACUAACCAGUUUAAAAAAGUUCAACGGAGCUAAACAGCUGGAUGGUCACAGCAAAUUCUGGUUACUAUCGCUCCAGCUGUGCCGUGCAGCCAUUCGCUCUCCGUUCUGUCGCUGCUCUUUUCUGAGGUGCUGAAAUGCAGCAGGCAGUGUGUGCGCGAGCCGCCCCUCCCCCGCAGCAGCGCGCGGGCCGGCGGGAGAGAGCGCGCAAGUGCGCGAGAGCGCGAGGCAGCACCCGCGCCAGGGAAACGAGGCAGUCGCGCGGAGGGAAAAAGCGCAGACAAAAGAAAACAUGGAUGAAUCGGGGAACUGGCGAUUGGAAAACAAAACUGAGAGGAUGCUUUGGCCGUCUUGUAUGUAACGGGAUACAAGACACAACAGUGUUUUAAUGUUGUGGCUCGAGGAAACGUACUGCAGGCUAAAAAGACGGAAAACUGAUUUUAAUCCGUCUGCGGAUUUUGUGCCAUGGCUCGCGCAGGGAGCUGUACCAGCAUCAGGAAGAAUGUGCCUAUUUCCUUUUAUUUUACAUUUUUAUUAUUCGGUGGCCUUGCAUCUGCACAAAUUCGGUACUCUAUUCCAGAGGAGCUGGAAGAUGGAUCGGUCGUUGGGGAUAUUGUGAAGGAUUUGGGUCUCGAUCUCCGAAAGCUCUCCUCGCGACGGAUUAAAAUCACCUCGGACAGCGUAAAAAGGUAUUUCAGCAUUCAUCACAAAAAUGGAAAAUUGCUGAUUAAUGACAGAAUAGACAGAGAGGCGAUUUGUGAGUUUAGCAGCACAUGCCUUUUGAAUCUGGAGGUGGUGGUUGAAAACCCUAUAGAAGAAUAUAACGUGGAGGUGGAGAUAUUGGAUGUGAAUGACAACGCACCGCAGUUCCCCCGGGACGAAUACCAGCUGGACAUUUCAGAGUCCGCUUCACCCGGGGCUCAUUUCCCUGCUGAGAGCGCGCAAGAUGCGGACGAUGCUUCAAAUUCCAUUCGGCUGUACCGACUCAGCCCAAACGAGCACUUCGCCCUGGACUCCAGUAAACCCUCCCCGAACAGCAAGCUGAUGGAGCUCGUGCUUAAAAAAUCUUUGGACCGCGAGCAGGCGGCUUCCCAUCAGCUAAUUCUGACAGCUGUCGACGGUGGCACUCCCGCGCGGACGGGCACCGCGAAAAUAAACGUGCGUGUCUUGGAUUCAAACGACAACGUCCCGGUUUUUGACAGCUCAGUGUACAAAGUGAAAUUGUUGGAAAACUCGCCAAAGGACACUCUGGUUAUGAAGCUAAAUGCGACAGAUCUGGAUGAGGGCAGCAAUGGAGAGGUGAUCUACUCCUUCAGCAGCUACACCCCGGAGAGGGUGAGGCAGGUGUUCAGCCUGGACCCAAAAUCAGGAGAGAUCAGGGUCCGCGGCGCAGUGGACUAUGAGGAGACCAGCUCCUACGAGAUGUACGUCCAGGCCGUGGAUAAGGGUGCUGCCGCGGUGGCCGUCAACUGCAAAGUGGUGGUGGAAGUGGUGGACGUGAACGACAACGUCCCCGAGAUCGUGCUGUCCUCGCUAUCCAGCCCGGUGCGGGAAGACGCCCGCGCCGACACGGUGGUGGCCCUCAUCAGCGUCACGGACCGAGACUCCGGCCCCAACAAGCAGGUGAGUCUGGAGAUCCCACCUGGCCUGCCCUUUAAGGUCAAACCCUUCAGGAACUACUACACCUUGGUCACCUCUGCCUUCCUGGACCGGGAGACGACGCCCACCUACAACAUCACGCUGAGUGCCACCGAUGCAGGCGCCCCGCCCCUCUCCUCCAAAAAGACCAUCCAGGUGGACGUGGCGGACGUGAACGACAACCCGCCGCGGUUCGAACAGACGUCCUACACCGUGUACGUGGCGGAGAACAAUGCUCCCGGGGCGUCCCUCUGCAGCGUCCGAGCGCAGGAUGCCGACAUCAACGAGAACGCCCGCAUCACCUACACCGUCCUCAACGACAACAACCACGGCGUGCCCGUCACCUCGUACGUGUCGGUGCGCGGGGACACGGCCUACGCCCUGCGCUCCUUCGACUUCGAGAUGCUGCGCGAGUUCCACUUCCAGGUCAAAGCUCAGGAUGGCGGGAUUCCACCCCUCAGCCGCGUGGCCACUGUCUACCUGUACGUGAUGGACCAGAACGACCACACCCCCGAGAUCCUGCACCCGCCCGCCAACGGCACGCGAUCCGCCGAGACGGUGCUGAAGAACGCGGAGGCGGGGCAUCUGGUGACGCGCGUGGAGGCGUACGACGCAGACACCGGCCACAACGCCUGGCUGCUCUACAGCCUGGAGCAGGCUACCGACCCUGACCUGUUCAAGGUGCACGAGUACACUGGCGAGAUCCGCACCACCCGCAAGAUCGUGGAGGACAACUCCACCUUCUUCAGCCUGACGGUGCUGGUGCGGGACCAGGGCCAGCCCCCACGGUCCUCCACUGCCACUGUCCAUGUGGCCGUGAUGGAGGUGCCGCCCAAGCUGACCCCCGACCCCAAGAGGAUCAUCAAGCCUCACAGCACGCUGCUCUUCUCCAACGUCACGCUCUACCUGAUUGUGGCGCUCAGCGCGACCACCUUCGUCUUCCUGCUGACCGUGGUGGUGCUGGCCAUUGUGCGCUGCCAUGCCUACUGCACCCAGUCUGGGUCCUGCUGCCCCUGCUGCUCCUCCCAGAAGACCCCCCCGCAGGGCGGCAGCGGGGGCGGGGGCGGGGGUGGGGCCAGCGGCCAGCAGCCCAAUAACAACAUGGUUCUGCGGCGUGACCUGAAGGUGGAGCCGCACUACAUCGAGGUUCGGGGCAAUGGCUCCCUCACCAAGACAUACUGCUAUAAGACCUGCCUGACCGCCACGUCGGGCAGCGACACCUUCAUGUUCUACAACACGGGCCUCCCGCCUGGCGGCACCAUGGGCUCCGAGCGAUUCUUCACUGGCCAGAGCGGCCAGAUGUUUGUGCGGAGACUCAGCAUGCCGGACGCCGCCCUGCAGCCCAAAGCUCCAAAUGCAGACUGGCGGUACUCAGCGUCACUCAGAGCUGGAAUGCAGAGUUCGGUGCACAUGGAGGAGUCAGCAGUGAUGCAGGGGGCUCAGGGGGUCCUGGUGCAGAACUGGCCCACGGUGUCGAGCGCAGCAGCAGAUGGGGAGGGGGGGGAGGUGUCCCCCCCGGUGGGGGCCGGCGUGGACAGUAACAGCUGGCACUUCCGCUAUGGCUCAGGCCCAGGAUAUGCCCCCCCCCAGCACCUGAAGCCGGGCGAAGUUCCUGAGGCCUUCAUCAUCCCAGGUUCCCCCGCCAUCAUCUCCAUCCGCCAGGACCAGGACGACAAGAGCGAGGCCAAGAAGAAGAAGAAGAAGAAGAAGGGGAAGGACAGGAAAGAGAAGGGCAAGGAGGACGGAGAGGAGUAGGGAGGGCAUCAGCACAGAGGAACCGGCGACAGUCCAGACGGGAGGCGUAGGAACGGCAUUUAACACAGCGUUACCAACCACAGUCUGAACAGCACAGAAAGGGGGAAAAAACUGAAAAAAUAUAGAAAAAAGCAAAAAUGUAAAAUAUAAAAGCCAAGGGACUCAGCGCACUGUGACCCAGGGAGUGUCUGGCUGCGUGCCUCCAUGUCCACAGAAAGCAGAUGAAUUCUGUUCUGCUUUUACAAAAUGAUUCUCAUCCCCUCUACAGCAGGGCCUCCAUUGACCUGAGCCACGGCUGGAGGGAGGGGUGUGAGGUCCCUACCCAGCAGCAGGGAGGGGUCCUCGGACCCCCCCUCCUCCAGGCACUGAGGGAGAUGAUGAUCCCCACCCCCACCUCACCACUGAGCUUGAGAGACCAUCCCGCUGGCCUGGCUAACAGAGAGACCGUCCCGCUGGCCUGGCUAACAUCGGCACCUCUGUCUCGACCCGACCGCUGUUCUCACUGACAGAAGAGGAUCAAAGAACAGAGCUGCACGCUGGCCUGAUCCCAGGAUAAAAUGUGCAAAAGGUAAAUAGCUGGUUAUAUUAAGAGCAGGACACACAUGGCACUUGUAAAUACAAAGAGAGGCAGUGCAGGCUGCAUCCAUACCCCUCUGCAGCAACUGUGAUCAAAUACAGUAACCACGCCCCAACACACCCCGGGACCAUGCUGACACACCCUGGCACCAUGCUGACACACCCUGGCACCAUGCUGACACACCCUGGCACCAUGCUGACACGCCCUGGCACCACGCCCAACACGCCCUGGCACCAUGCUGACACGCCCUGGCACCAUGCUGACACGCCCUGGCACCAUGCUGACACGCCCUGGCACCAUGCUGACACGCCCUGGCACCAUGCUGACACACCCUGGCACCAUGCUGACACGCCCUAUUAGUUUUCCCUGUGCUGAGUUAGGGUCUGAAGGCAGCCAGCUCUGCAGGGUCCCUGUGUCUGAGCCAGACCCACUCAGGCUGAGGGAGAGAGAGAGGGGAGAGGACAGACCUAGCAGGUGUGUCCAGUGAAAACACAGCAGUGAGACCUCAGGCUCUGGGCUCAGACUGGAUCACUCUGCCUCUGCUCAGAUGCAGUUUGUGGGUCUUGUAAUAUAGCUGGAAUGUUGCUCUUUUUCUCUCGAUUGAAGCCUGAUUCUGCUCUGAAUGUUUUGUAAUUGUCUUUGGCUUCAUAGUGCGAAAGCUCUGCUUCUUGCCGACUCUUUGCCGUUUGGUGCUUGUACAGUGAACUCUUCUGAGGGGACUGUUUUCCUGCCCCUUCCCCAGUCCUCUGAAGGCCGCCCGUCGUUAAACCUUGACUAUCCUGCCUUUGAUUAUUUUUUCCUCACACUGGACUGUUUCCUCAUUUAAUGUUUUUCAAAAAGAGAUGAAAAAAACUGAAACUAAAGUAAGGCCCCUCUUUCUGUGAGCUGUGGCGGUUGGGCUGUGAAAUACUUGCACCGCUGAGUAGGUUUCCAAUGGCUGGGAGGAAAUGUGGGCGGAUCUAUGUAAGGCUUUGGUUUUAUAAUGUAAGAGGGUGUUUGGCUUACUGUGGAGAGCCCUUCUCAACACAAACGACGGAAAAUGGCUGAAAUAAACGAAAACAAACAGAAGGAAACUCUUGAUUCCACCACAACAGAAACUCUAUGAGGGGUAUAGCUUAUGCUUUAUUUAUGAAAUACCGAAAAAAUCAAAUUCAUGUUCAUUCAGCUGCCAAAACAACAUAAGGGAGAGUUUCACGCAAAUGAAGUGAGAAAUCUGGACUCUCCCAGCCCCAUCCCUCCCAUCCUGCUAGCCUGUUCUGAACACACUGACUCAUCCCACCAAGGGGUGGAGUCAGCUUUUUGCGCCGCUGCUAUUGGAUGGCUUCCCUGUCUGUCUGUAGACACGCCCAGAUUCCACGAUUCAAUACUGUCACAAUACUGUCACAUCACUGCGUGGCUGUUGCAUGUAAUUAUCAGACAAAACACAUACUAUAUAGAGCUGUAUAUAGAUAGUUAUGAUUUUAUUAGUAUUAUUUUCCUCCAUUAUGACACAAAAGAUAGAUGAGCAUACAAUUUCUGCACAACUUGCACAUUUUCCGCAGACAGAAGUUGGGAUUGUGUGCUGGUGUGUCUCGGACUGACGUUACCCUUAUUGAUAUGUGUAAUGCUGUACUGUGAUGCCCUCCAAUGCAAUUCUCCCUAUUUUUUCAUUUGUUUAUUUUUACAAGGAUUUUGUUUUCAGAAUAAGCAGAAUAAGCCCUUUUGUGUUCAGCAUUUACAUGAUUAUACUUCCACUGUAAUGUGAAAUUGAAUUAUGUAUGCGCCUAUGAAGAGAUAUUCCCCCUCCCCUCUUUCAAAAUGUAAAAACGAAAAGAAAACAAUGGCAUAAAAAGGUAGAUGUGGUGUGUAUAUAUGUAGUGUAGCUUCUUUAGUGGUGUAUGAUGCCAUAGACAGCACUCUGAUCCUACAACAACAGUGCUGCUCUAUGUUAAACCUUAUUAUACACCUGCUCCUCUGCUGUAACAGUGUAGUAGUGUUUUUUAUUUCAAUAAAU